AUACCUCAGUGCCAGUGACUCGACGUCCUCAACAUCUGCAAUCUGAACUUUCGGCUGUCUGGUAGGGUUCUGGUUAUGUCAAUACAAUGCUAUCUGCCUGCCCAACAUGCGGCUUUCUCGACCUCUCCAAUCAGAAGAGUGAUCAUGCGACCCUUAACAUCAUGCCCAAUCAACCUGUGGCACCGUCGUCUGCUGAUCAUCAAACGGACAUUCAUCGAUUUGGAGAAAGACAUUACGGUCCCUUGAUCAGCAAAUCUGCUGUUUGCGUGCAUGUCUUGCCAACCUCCAUCGAGAACGGAAGAGGAAGGAAUCUCAGCUGGAACAUCGAAGGUUCAGCCAUGUCGCCAAUAUGGUCUCUGCCUGCGGAGAUAAUCGCCGAAAUCAUCACUCUCGCAGCAGACGAUGACAAUAGUGAUGGUCUGGACACCCGUCAUGGCAUGCCGUGGGUUCUGAACCAUGUGUGCCGUCUUUGGCGAAACGUUGCUCUAUCGACGGCGGCAACUUGGUCGCGGGUAUACAUCGAUGAUACGACGAGAGGUCGACACGAUCCUUUCGCCACGCAGCUGCUCCAAACGUAUCUCGCUCGUUCAAAGGAGAUUCCAUUAUCUGUCAGCAUCAUUCUCCUAACAAUAUCGAUGACAUCCUCGAAUGCCUUGCUUCCUACCACUUUCGAUUGCAUUCUCUAGAGUUGAACCUCUGCCUUCCCGGAUUGAAGGUUCUUUCCGGGUUGGUGGCAAACCUUCCUAAGCUGACUGUACACCGUCUAUCGGUUCAGGGCGAGAACACAGUAGGGGUUAUCUUAAGACCUGGAUCCGGAGGUAGUUAUAGACGUCAUCGGU